AAAAAAAAUCACAUAGUCAUUCCAUUUGAAAUUUGAAAGAAAAUUUGAGUUAUUGAUGAGCGUGAGAGAAAAUCUCAUAGCGAGAGUGCUGAAGGGUUAAGCAUCACGCGGUUACCACUAGGUCGAGGAAUUUGUCAAACUGACUCAUCGAUGUUUAGAAUGCGCCCACUCUUUGUUAUUUUAAGAAACGAAUUGCUAAGGGUAGGAUCUUCAAGGGCAAGGUCAGAACAUUUGUUCGGGAAGAAGUUGUCACUUUCAACCUAUCAAGAACCCAACAGAAUAAUUAAUAACACAAUUACACUGCAAAUUAAACUCCUAACUUAUUUAGAUUCUAAGCCCAUGUUUCCAUUGAACCUAGUAUUGGGAUUCAUAGCAGAUGUUCAGCAACCAGACUGGAUUUUACAGUUAUAUGAAAAUAGAGAUUAGCGGCGAUUUAACAAUUAAGAUACAAGAUAAUGAAUUUCGAGCCCACAAACAAGUAUUAGAUCAACGAGGCUUUGCAUUAAAUAAUGCAACUACCGAGGAAAAUAAUAUUUUUAUUCUUUCGGGCAUAAGUCCUGAGAUAUUUGGUAUGAUAUUGGAAUUAGUUUACACGGGAGCUAUCAAGAAAUUGGAUGACUUUGCUGAACCUUUAUUAGAAGCUGCAGACCGAUUUGAACUUAAGGAUCUCAAGUAUUUAUGUGAAAGGUCAUUAGCAGAAAAUUAUGUUGAUUAUAAUAAUUUCGCAGAUGCCUACGUUUUAGCUAAACGCUGUAAUGCUGAUGAGUUAUUGACUUAUGCUCGUUAUAUGGAAAUAGUGCUUUCUGGCAAAGAAUGUCAAAGAUGGUCUGAAAAUAAUCCGCCAACUGCUGAGCAAUUGGAAAAAUAUUUAUUGCCAAUGAAACAAAUACGGGAAGCAGAAAAAACUUCAACAGCACAUCCUUCUGAUGCUCUAGGUGUGUUAAACAAUAAGUUUAGUGAGUGUUCUACAAAUGAUUCGAACAACGAGAGUCCGUAACAAGAUAGCAACAGCAAUGUCAACAUAAUAAUCAUAAAAAUAAAAAAAUUAGAUAAUUCAACAAGCAUCAUCCAAUUAUUUAAUUUUAUUUUAUUUAAAACGAAUUUAGUCGAUAAUUUUUUCUCCGUCUUUUCUUCAGAACUUCAAUUAUACUGAUUGCUAAAUGUGAGUUAACUUGAGGUCUCCAUAACUAUGACAGCAGCGCCGUCAGUUUUUUAAAUACAGACCACGUGUAUAUAUUUACUUGUUACUUGUAUUUUGGAUUUAAGCUAGUUAAUUUAAGUGACAACGAUGCCGGUUGAUCAACGAAGAAUUAAUGGUCCUGAAGUGACAGUACCUUAUCAAAUUUAUGUUGAUUCGACUAGUAGCAAGACAGAAAAUCCAGAGAAAUUUUUAAAAAAUAGAAAAGAUGGGAGACAAAAUCAAGAGCUUAGAAAAAUAUUUAUUAAAACUGGAGUCGUCAGCCAGGCCAAAGGAUCCGCGUACAUAGAAUUAGGAAAAACCAAGGUGAUAUGUUCAGUUUUUGAUCCACGAGAUGUUCCCAAUAAAUCUGGAUACAGUUGCCAUGGCAAUUUAUAUUGCGAAUUUAAAUUCGCGUCUUUUUCCUGCGCUAAAAGAAGAAUUCAUCAGCAGGAUGCUGAAGAGAAAGAAUUUAGCUUGAUAAUGCAAAGAUCACUAGAACCAGCUGUUUGUCGGCAUGAAUAUCCAAACUUUCAAAUAGAUAUCUAUGCAAUGGUACUUGACAAUGGAGGAUCUUGUUUAGGAGCAGCUAUUACUGCUGCUAGUUUGGCUCUUAUUGAUGCUAAUAUUUCAACGUAUGGUAUCGUUACUGCGGUUAGUGCUGGUAUUUACGCGGACACUGUGUUCCUGGAUCCAACUACCGACGAAGAAGAACUUUGUAUGAGUGUUCCCUCAAAAACCCACAAGUCUAAAAAUCACGGGAUAAUUAUGCAAGCGAGUCUUUUACAGAAGAAUCAAGUUUCCGAGUUGUAUUUUGUGGGAAAUAUUGAUCUCGACACAAUGCAAUCUACCAUGGAAGCAUUGACCAAAGCCAGCGAAAACCUUUCUUUAGUUACUCAGCAGUACUUGGUUAAACUUGCAUUAAAAAAGCAUAAAAAUAAUAUUAAAAAUUUAGAAUAAGGAUUUUGAAAUUUUUUUUAAUUUAAUAAAGAAUAUUUUUAAAU